CUCAAAGUGAUGUCAAAGAUCACAUUUUGCAAAGACCAUAACACGUUGGAUGAAAAAGGAAAAGUUAAUUUCGUUUAGCCUGAACGGGGAAAAGGGCGAGAGGACACAUUUAUCAUGACUAUUCCAGGAUUAAACCUCUAUAUCUGCUUCAUCUGGAUAGUUGUAUUGAUACACAAACAAGUGUCUGCAGUGGACUGUCAGGAAGAAUUUGAACGACUUGGGUGCCACGGUGCUUUCUUAGGGGCCUUGCGCCUUAUACCGGAGGUUUUGUUCAACGACUCCAACUUGCAAAGCAUAGAUGAGUUAAUUUGCAAAUGUGCAGAACAAACAAGGUUUAAGGGAUAUCGCGUUUUUGCGGUCCAAAAAGGAGGAUACUGCUGGUCAGGGAAAGAUGCUGAAACCUCAUUUCCUCUGGCUGGACAAGCAUUCGAUUGCAAAACCUUUGAUUCUAAAUCAUGUGGCAAAGAUGACAAAUAUUGCGUCGGAGAAGAAAAAUCAGUCUUCGUUUAUAGAUUACUGGAUAAUCAAAACCAUACUCUCACUCCACCGAAACCUUCAUGUCCAUCGCCGAAAUCGGAGCAUCACUACGAUUUGGAAUGCAAGGUGUAUAACUUAACGGUACUGAUGACGAACACUUCCUUUGAUGAUUUCUUAUGGUUUGCACAUUCGCCCCAAUUCAUUGAGCUCAGAAGAGAGUUUGAACUUGGAGUUUUGCAAGCGUACGAUGGAUAUGAUCCUUUUCUUGGCGUUACGACUUUGAGAUUCAGUGAAGCUCCGGGAGACAGCAACAUUGUGGUGCACUUUGCUAUCGAGUUUAAAGACAAGGGAGUCCAUCUUCAUAACUUAACUGCGGCAUUAGCAUGUCAAACUUUGGGCAAGCUCACUUUUCUCCCAUCAUUGGGUCAAGUUGCGUGUUACAAGGCACCUCCCCCUCCAGUCUGCCCACUUCCAUGUUUCUCUGCCUGUGCUCCACACUGUUACUCCAGCUGCUGCCAGCAGUACCACCCUUACUACUAUGCUCCAACACCGUCUCCUCCACAUGAUAUUAAUCCAGCUCCAUGCCCAGAAGGCUGCCCCAUUACAUGUGCACCUUUCGGAUGCACUACUCACUGCUGCAGCAAUGGUCAUAGUCUGCCGCAUUAUGUUUACGGGAAGCGUCACGAAGCUCCAAAGCCAGAGAAGCAAUCGAAAAUUGGCCACAUCUUCCGUAAACAUCAUGGGAAGAAUUAAAAGAAAAAAAUCAGGAGCAAAAAGAAUCAAAGAAACAAAUUCCAGCGAGAAGAAUUUUUGAUUUUUUCCUGAUUUCAUAUCAUGUAAGGUCUACCAGGCAAGAACUACAUUUCCCGAACUUGGGUUCAGAUAUUCAUCUGAAGCGUCAAAGUUAUUCCUAUCAGGCCUGAAGCCAUUGAUUCUAAUCAUUAUGUGAUAAUAAAUAGCCAAAUUUUGACUGUCUUAUCGAAUGCAAAAAUGUAAAAAAAAUUUUGACAAUUCCGAGAUUCCGAUUUACAUU